CUUUAACGGCCAUUCAUCUUGAAUUGCCAUCAUUAGAUUGCUGAGAAUAUCCUCUCCGUUGGGAGAACUGCGCUCAGCAUGUCAGUGUCAAUCGAAGAAAAUAGUGAAGAUGAUCGCACAUGAUUCUUUCCUGCACGCCGUCCUCUAGUUCAAUCGUGGGAACAGUAUUCAGAUGAACCUUUGGUUUUACUCAACUGUGCAAGGGCAUGUGUUACCUUGGACGAUGUCUCUGUACUAAACUCUGAUCUGACAGAGGCACUUUCGAAAUAUUGGUCCGAGGCUGAAUAUCACAAACAGUUUCAAGUACGAAAUGCAGUCACUGUGCCUCCGGUUUCCUAACCAGAAGAGAAAAUGACAGCCUCCGGCCUCUUCAAGAGACAACAUCGUCCAGUUUCAAAGAGCCAAGGCAUUAUAAUGCUAGAAUCGACAGGCAUGCUGUUUGUUGGGAUUCAGUACGCGUCCGCUACCUGCUUUUUACUCAGGGCGAAGUUGUAUGUAGCUAUUGCCAAAUUGCUUCUCGGAUGCACUUAGCAAAAGCUAUCCGGUUCCGCAACAAGAAGCGCGUUAUUGGAGAGUUGCUUUCAACCUCGAUAGAUGCUAUCGUCCUAAUCAAGUCGAGAAGUCAAUUGCUGCGCCAGAAUUACAAAAGUGGCAGUUCUCUUCUUGUGCCAGUUCUUUGCAACGUUUAGGGAUGCAAUAUACAUCCUCUCCGCUCCGUUCAUCAAUGCUCAUAUCAUCCAG